GAAAUAGCCGGCACAAAAGGAUGUUUUUCUCAAAUUUUUUGAGUUUUUCUUUUUCACUGUAGAUUGUUCUGAAGAAACCGCAUGGAGUUGCUCUCUGUCUGCGCAUAAUACUCUCUCAUUGUUCAUGGCGAAAAAGAAAAUGGGGGCUUAGGUUUCUCUUUUACUUUAUAUUUCAAGCGAGAGAGAGAGAUGGAAUGAACUAGAAGCAAGUUGGGCAGAUUUUAAUGGCGGCCAAAACGUGUCCUGGUUGUGCAACGCUUUGCUCACACCUGUAUUUUAUUAUUUGUUUACCUUCAAAAGUUUCCUCGCCACCGCAUUGAUUUCUGUGAAUUUCUUCUUCUUGUUCUUUUCGAUUUUUGCUUUCUAUUCUAGUCUAGCUUUAACCAUGGCCGACUUCCCAUUGCUUGAACGUGUCGAUAAUCGCAGAGAAACGACAUGGGUUGCUUUCUUUGGAGAGGUGAAAGUUGUUGGGUUCUUAGCGGCUCCAUUGGCUGCUAUCAAUCUGUCUCAGUUCUUGAUACAGACUGGUUCUUUGAUGAUCGUGGGUCAUCUCGAUGAACUCUCUCUCUCCAGCACAGCCAUAGCCGUCUCUUUAGCUGCUGUUACAGGAUUCAGUGUGAUUAUAGGUAUGGGUACUGCCCUUGAAACUCUAUGUGGGCAAGCUUAUGGGGCUGGACAAUAUCAAAAAUUUAGAAAUCAUAUUUACACUGCUAUAUUUUGUCUGCUAGUAGUUUGCCUCCCUAUUACUCUGUUAUGGAUCAACAUGGGGAAGCUACUUGUUUUGAUUGGCCAAGAUCCUUUGAUAUCACGUGAAGCUGGGAACUUCAUGAUUUGGCUUAUUCCUGGGCUCAUUGCUUAUGCAUUUCUGCAACCACUAAUGAAAUAUUUUCAGAUGCAAGUUUUUGUGAUUCCCAUGCUCAUAUUUAGUUGGGUCACCUUUUGUCUGCACAUACCCCUCUGUUGGGUUUUGGUGUUUAAAGCAGGACUCAAAAACCUCGGUGGAGCUUUAGCCAUGAGUAUUUCAUAUUGGUUGAAUGUGAUUUUUCUUGCGUUAUAUAUGAAUUUUUCUCCCAAGUGUGCAAAAACUCGUGGUGUAAUUUCUAUGGAACUGUUCAAAGGAAUUAGGGUCUUCCUUCACUUUGCUAUCCCUUCUGCAGUAAUGACUUGCCUUAGUUGGUGGUCGUUUGAGCUGAUUAUCUUACUGUCUGGACUUCUACCAAAUCCAGAGCUUGAAUCUUCAGUUCUAUCUGUUUGUUUCAAUACCUUGACAACGGUAUUUACAUUAGCAUGUGGGAUCGGCAGUGCAGGCAGUACCAGAGUUUCAAAUGAGCUAGGAGCUGGGAAUCCACAAGCUGCUCGUUUAGCUGCUGGGGCAGCAAUAUUUCUUGCAAUUGUGGGGAUCAUCAUAGUGAGCAUGGUUCUCUUCACUCUUCGUUAUGUUUUCGGUUAUGCUUUCAGCAGUGAAAAGGAAGUUGUAGAUUAUGUUGCUAUCAUGGCUCCCUUAGUUUGUAUAUCAAUCAUAUUGGAUGCCAUUCAAGGGGUCCUUUCAGGUAUUGCAAGAGGAUGUGGCUGGCAGCGUAUAGUGGCUUAUAUGAACUUAGCGGCUUUCUAUCUCUGUGGAAAUCCAGCUGCUGUAGCACUUGGUUUCUGGGCAAAUAUGAGAGGGAAGGGCCUGUGGAUUGGCAUCCAAAUCGGAGCUUUCGUGCAGACACUUCUACUUGCCAUUGUCAUGAGCCAUGUUAAUUGGAAAAACCAGGCAGAUGAAGCAAGGGAGAGGAUCUUUGAAGGAUGAGCUCAGUAAAUAAAUAUGAGGAACACAGUGUUUGACUGGGGAUUGUCUUCUGUGCAGUUGUGACCAACCAUUAAAGUUGAGAUAUCAGAAGAGAGUAUCUGAUGCAAAAAGCCACAGCCAUUGGGUACUUCUCGAGUUUCUCUCUUCUUUGUAGUUAAAAAAUACUUUUGGUCCCUCAUCUUCAUGGAUUUAGUUCUUUGUACUUUCAGUUCUAUAACAAUUAUUGUAUUUUAUAAAAA